UCAGGCCGCGGCGGAACCAAUACAGUUGUCGCGAGGCGGGCGGCGCUGGGCGGCGCGUGCCGCUGCCGGGGAGGUGAAUAUCCGCCCGGCCCGUAGCCGCCGGAGAAGCCCCUGGUGCCUCUACCUGGCCAGGCUCUUGGCGCGGAGCAGCCGCCGGGUCGCGCCUGUAUUUCCGACACUAAGUGUCCCCCCUUGAAAGAGGGCAAGUCGCCAGGCAGCAAAAAUGCCCCCCAGUAACCAGAUUCGGGUUCUGCUUCUCAGCGCCAUGGAAAAGCUGGAGAAGACCCUCUUCAGGCUUGAGCAAGGUUUUGAACUGCAAUUCCGACUGGGCCCAACAUUACAAGGCAAGCAUGUUACAGUGUACACUAAUUACCCAGCUUCUGGAGAAUUAUUCAAUCGCCGCAAGUUCAGGGCACUAUCAUGGCACAACCCAACAGGAAGAGAAGAUGAUUCUGACAAAUAUUGUAAACUGGAUCUCCAAAUUUCUGGAUCAUACCAGUAUUAUUUCAGUCAUGAAAAUGAGAAAAGUGGUGGAGGUUACAUAGUUGUGGACCCUAUUUUGCGUGUUGGAGCUGAUAAUCAUGUAUUGCAUUUGGACUGUGUUACGCUCCAGACAUUCCUAGCUAAGUGUCUGGGACCAUUUGAGGAAUGGGAAGAUCGUCUUAAAGUUGCAAAAGAAUCAGGUUACAACAUGAUUCAUUUUACACCAUUGCAAAAACUUGGAUUAUCUAGAUCAUGCUACUCUCUGGCUGAUCAGUUAGAAGUAAAUCCUGACUUUUCAAGCCCAAACAAAAAAUGUACUUGGAGCAGUGUAGGAAACCUAGUGGAAAAAAUGAAAAAUGAAUGGAAUAUGCUUUGUAUAACAGAUGUAGUCUACAAUCAUACUGCUGCUAACAGUGAAUGGAUUAGGGAGCAUCCAGAAUGUGGUUAUAAUCUUGUAAAUUCUCCGCACCUGAAACCAGCCUGGAUCUUAGACAGGGCUCUCUGGCAUUUAAGCUGUAGUGUGGCUGAAGGGAAAUACAGAGAUAAGGGGCUGCCUCCUUCAAUUGAAAAUGACCAUCACCUGAAUAGUAUCCGUAAAAUAAUUUGGGAGGAUAUUUAUCCCAAGAUAAAACUAUGGGAAUUUUUCCAAGUAGAUGUUAACAAAGCUGUGCAGCAAUUUAAAAUCCUUCUGACUCAAGGUAACAGGAAAACUAAAUCUGAUCCAAACCAACAUCUUCAAAUAAUUCAGGAUCCUGAAUAUAAGCGACUUGGCUGUACUGUAGACAUGAAUAUCGCAUUGGCAACAUUCAUACCACAUAGCAAUGGGCCAGCUGCAAUACAAGAAUGCUGUAACUGGUUCCAAAAGAGAAUUGAAGAAUUAAAUGCUGAGCAGUUUCGGCAAACUAACUACCAUCAAGAGCAGGCAGUCACUUGUCUUCUGGAGACUGUGGUUUAUGAGAGACUGGCUGACCAUGGUCCUAAACAGGGUCCUGUUAGCAGAAAAUACCCUUUAGUUACCAGAUACUUUACUUACCCAUUUAAAGAGAUGACCUUGGAAGAGGAAGAAUCUCUGAUGCAUCAGCCUGAUAAAGCUUGUCAUUUCUUGGCUCAUAACGGUUGGGUAAUGGGAGACGAUCCUCUGAGAAACUUUGCUGAACCAGGUUCAAAUGUUUACCUAAGAAGAGAACUUAUUUGCUGGGGAGACAGUGCCAAACUGCGCUAUGGAAAUAAACCAGAAGACUGCCCUUACCUGUGGGCACAUAUGAAAAAAUACACUGAAAUUACUGCCAAAUAUUUCCAUGGAGUACGUCUUGACAACUGUCACUCAACUCCUCUUCAUGUAGCUGAGUACAUGCUGGACACAGCUAGAAAACUGCGUGCUGAUUUGUAUGUAGUGGCUGAGCUGUUCACAGGAAGUGAGGAGUUGGACAAUAUUUUUGUGACUAGAUUGGGCCUUAGCUCCUUAAUAAGAGAGGCAAUGAGUGCAUAUAACAGUCAUGAAGAGGGAAGAUUAGUUUACCGCUUUGGAGGAGAACCAGUUGGUUCUUUUGUUCAGCCACGUUUGAGACCUUUAAUGCCAGCUAUUGCACAUGCACUGUUUAUGGAUGUUACACAUGAUAAUGAAUGUCCUAUUCAGCACCGAUCUGAGUAUGAUGCUCUUCCCAGCUCAAUGAUUGUUUCCAUGGCAUGCUGUGCUACCGGAAGCACCAAAGGCUAUGAUGAGCUAGUACCACACCAGAUUUCUGUAGUCUCUGAAGAGAGGUUUUAUGCCAAAUGGAAUCCAGCAGCAACACCCUCCACUCCUGGUGAAGUUAAUUUCCAAACUGGAAUUAUAGCAGGAAGGCUGGCCAUGAACAGGCUGCACCAAGAGCUGGGAGUCAAAGGCUUCAUUCAGGUGUAUGUGGAUCAAGUUGAUGAGGAUAUAGUAGCAGUGACUAGGCAUUGUCCUAACACACACCAAUCUGUAGUGGCUGUGUCUCGUACUGCUUUCAGAGAUCCUAAAACUUCCUCCUACAGCAAAGAAGUGCCUCAAAUGUGCAUCCCAGGCAAAAUUGAAGAGGUAGUGCUUGAAGCUAGAACUAUUGAGAGAAAUGUUAGUCCUUAUAAAAAAGAUGAGCAUUUUAUCAACGGAUUACCUAAUUACACAGUAGAGAUCAGAGAACACAUUCAGAUCGGAGAAAGUAAAAUUAUAAAGCAAGCUGGAACUGCCAUAAAAGGUCCCAAUGAAUUUGUUCAAGAAAUAGAAUUUGAAAACUUAACACCGGGAAGUGUGAUAAUAUUCAGAGUUAGUCUCGACCCAAAGGCACGAGAGGCUGUCGGUGUACUCCGUAAUCACCUGAUCCAGUUCAGUCCUCAUUUUAAAUCUGGAAGUCUUCCCGAUGACUGUUCAGCACCUAUAUUAAAAAAUCUUUUUUCUUCUAUUGCAUCUAAAUUAACCUUGGCUGAUUUGAAUCAAAUACUGUAUCGGUGUGAUGCUGAGGAACAAGAGGAUGGUGGAGGAUGUUACAACAUACCAAACUGGUCGCCCCUUAAAUAUGCAGGCUUGCAAGGAUUAAUGUCAGUGAUGGCAGACAUUAGACCAAAGAAUGAUUUGGGUCAUCCUUUUUGUGGUAAUUUGAGAUCUGGGGAUUGGAUGAUUGACUACGUCAGUGACCGUCUAAUUUCACGUUCAGGAGCCUGUGCAGAAGUCGGUAAAUGGUUGAAGGCCAUAUUUGUCUACCUAAAGCAGAUUCCACGUUACCUUAUCCCAUGUUACUUUGAUGCCAUAUUAGUGGGUGCAUACACAACUCUUCUAGAUCUGGCAUGGAGUCAAAUGUCUAGCUUUGUUCAGAAUGGAUCAACAUUUGUUAAACACCUGUCCUUGGGAUCAGUUCAGAUGUGUGGGAUAGGAAAAUAUCCUUCUCUGCCAAAUCUGUCUCCUGCUUUACAUGAUGUUCCCUAUAGGAUGAAUGAAAUCACAAAAGAGACAGAACAGUGCUGUGUUUCCUUAGCAGCUGGUUUACCACAUUUUUCAUCUGGCAUUUUCCGCUGCUGGGGAAGGGAUACCUUUAUUGCACUGAGAGGUCUAAUGUUGCUUACUGGGCGUUAUUUAGAAGCAAGGAACAUAAUUUUAGCAUUUGCUAGUACCCUGAGACAUGGUCUUAUUCCCAAUCUGCUUGGCCAAGGGACCCAUGCGAGAUUCAAUUGCCGUGAUGCUGUGUGGUGGUGGCUUCAAUGUAUACAGGAUUACUGUAAAAUUGUUCCAAAUGGCACAGACAUUCUCAAGUGUCCCGUUUCCAGAAUGUAUACUACAGAUGACUCUCCCGCUCAGCCUGCAGGCACACUGGAUCAGCCACUGUAUGAAGUAAUACAGGAAGCUAUGCAACAACACAUGCAAGGCAUAGAAUUCCGAGAAAGGAAUGCUGGUCCACAGUUAGAUCGAAAUAUGAGGGAUGAAGGUUUUAAUGUGACUGCGGGUGUCGACCAUGAAACUGGUUUUGUCUUUGGAGGGAACCGCUUUAAUUGUGGCACAUGGAUGGAUAAAAUGGGAGAAAGUGAUAGAGCUCGCAACAAAGGAAUUCCAGCUACUCCAAGAGAUGGAUCUGCUGUGGAAAUUGUUGGCCUAUGUAAGUCAACUAUUCGUUGGCUGCUGGAGUUGUCAAAGAAAAAAGUGUUUCCUUAUCAGGGAGUCACCAUAAAAAGGCAUGGAAAAAAAGAAACCAUCACAUAUGAUGAGUGGAACAGGAAGAUUCAAGGGCACUUUGAAAAGCUGUUCUUUGUUUCUGAGAACCCAGGAGAUCCUAGUGAAAAACAUCCAAAUCUGGUUCACAAGCGUGGCAUAUACAAGGACAGCUAUGGAGCUUCAAGUCCAUGGUGCGACUACCAGCUCAGGCCAAAUUUUAGUAUAGCAAUGGUUGUGGCCCCUGAGAUAUUCAGUCCUGAGAAAGCUUGGAAAGCGCUUGAGAUAGCAGAGGAAAAGCUGCUUGGUCCACUGGGCAUGAAAACAUUGGAUCCAGAUGAUAUGGUUUACUGUGGAGUAUAUGAUAAUGCCCUGGACAGUGACAACUACAAUGUUGCCAAAGGUUUUAAUUACCAUCAAGGACCUGAAUGGCUCUGGCCUGUUGGAUAUUUCCUUCGUGCAAAGUUGUACUUUUCCAGGUUAAUUGGUCCAGAGAUGUACGCAAAGACUGUGUUUUUGAUUAAGAAUGUUCUUUCUCGCCAUUAUGUUCAUCUUGAGAGGUCAUCCUGGAAGGGGCUUCCAGAGCUGACCAAUGAAAAUGGGCAAUAUUGUCCAUUCAGCUGUGAAUCACAAGCCUGGUCAAUUGCUGUUAUCCUUGAGGUUCUUUAUGACUUGUAAAAGUUGGCUUUGAUUGCUCGGUAAAAUUUGCUACGCGCUUGUAUUCAAAAAGUACAAAUGAAAAGUUUGCUCAUGCUAUAAUGAAAAUGUUUUGCACAGUUAUUUAAAUAACUAUGGUCUGAUUUUUUUCAAAGGUGCUUAGUAUCUGUAUCUCCCAUUUACGGAAGAGGUAUUUAAGGGUGCUGCUCAGCACUUCCGAAAAUGAAGUCAUUAGUAUGAAAAUAUAUACACACAUACACUUGAUACAGAAAAACUUAUAAAGCAGCAACUUGGAGAAUGUACACAAAUGCAUUUAAAAUAGCUUUUGAUUUGUACACCUACUAAAUUAAACUGUAUCCCCGUAUAGCAAGAUGUUAGAAGAAUAGUCUGGUUCCAAAUUAGAAUAUGAAUGCCAAGUGGUUCCAAAAAUCUGAGUUUAAACUCAUGGGGUUCUCUUUUCCAUAUUUUCUGUUAGUCAAUAGAUGCUAUGCACUCUCAUCAUGGGGGAGAAUAGAUUGUACUGUAGGUAGUAUGAUGUGUUUUCUGCUGCAGUCGUGCAUUUCAUAGAUUGCACUUUCAUUAGUGUUUUGUCCCUCUGUGCUGAACUGUGUGACUUUUCCUAACAAUUUCUUCUCUUCCAUGUUCAAUUGAACACUCCAUUAAAAAAAUAAAGUUUUCACUCUUUACAGAUAAUGGUAGUAAAUUAAUAUCUUCACAAACUUUAAAUGAAAUUUGAGGACAGUAAUUCUGAGCAAUGACGUGGAUGUAUCCUGUGUGAGAUACUUAAUAGGUUAUUUUUUGUGUUGUGGACCAUAUGCCAAAUUUUAUUUCUUUAAUUUAAUUUGGCUUAAAAUAAUGUACAUCUGUCAACAAAUGUGUUCUACCAGUAGGAAACCAGAAGAAACACUUUAUCAUGCAAUGUCCUGUACGUAUAUCAGGAUCCAGGAGCCUACAGAGUUGGGUGCUGGCUUAAUGAUGAAUUUGAAAGAAUUGUAAAUUUAUUUCAGCCCUUGCUUCAAGUAAUCUUCUUCACUGGGGGUGAAAUUCUGGCUCUACUGAAGUCAACUGAAAAACUCCUUUUGACUUCAGCGGGGUCAGGGUUUCACUCCAGUUGCAGAAAGGGGGCAGUCUGAUUCCAAAAUCUCUUGAUGUGUUGCUAAUAAGAGAAAGGGUACUGACAGCUGCCUGUUGCUUUUCUUCCCUUGAAUGUUACUUCCAUAAGAGUAUUUGUUCUGUAAUAUAUAGACACACAAAUAAAUACCUUUACCUGAUCUCAACCCAACCUUUUCAAAAAUUGGGGUGGGUGGGUGGGGUGGGAAAUGUAUCCAUUUGAAUCUUCUGCUGGUCCUUAAAGUAAUGAAUAGACAACAGUUAGAUUGACCAGUAAUGUCCUCAACAUCACAGAAGGAAGUACAGCACUGCAUUGUAGAAGAAAUGGACUGACAAUACAGAUUGAAAAUACAAACCUGCCCUACUUAUUAUUAUUCUGCCAUUCAUAUAUAUUUUACAGUCAUGUUUUAAAAUUUGCCCAACGCAUUUAAAAUUUGGUGUUGGCACAUACCUACCUACUUCAUGAGAAUAUACAGUUAUAGGUAUAUUUAAGAACAAACUGCUGAGAGAAGCAUUUAGGCAAGUGGACUAAAGAUAAGAGUCCAGUGCAGUUUUAUUUGUGAUGGAUUUAAGAGAUUUAUUUUAUAGAAGCCAGAGUUUAGUUUUGUUCAGGUUAUCAUUUAAAUUUAUGGUACUUCAUUGGUUACAGUUGCACUACUCAGAUCACUUGGUCAUAUUCACUUUUUUUUAAUCUAACCACUGUUUUUUAUGUGUGUGACAUGGUAGUUUGGAUACAUGAGGUAAUAUCAUGCUUUCCCCAUACAGAGUUUUUAGUUGAAUAGAACUCAUAGUUUAGUAAUAUAGGUCACUCUGUAUUAUUAGUGUGUUCUUAAAUUUUUAUAUAAUUGACUUUCCUUAAUAUGGGUUCAAAUAAUUGGAAGUGAUGCUUAAAGGAAAUUUAUCUUGUUCAGAUUUUCUUUUGUGCUUCGGUUGUGAGCUGUUUGAAAUGGAUUCCUUAGGAAACUUUGUCAUCUAGCCUGACAGAUUUGCAUAAGAGAUGGGACAAAAACAUAAGUUGAAAGGAAAAUGAUUCAUUGUUCUGUUUAAAGAAUAGCUAAUUCUUUAUAACUUUAGUAAUCAGGAUUUCAAAAUUAGGAUCCAGAUUAUUUUGGUUCUUGAGUACAGUUUUUUGACUGACUGUAUUUGUUGAAAAGUCAGCAACAACCCAGUAAAGGAAAAUUUAUAUGCCUUCAUAAAUCAGCAUGCCAUUUUAUGUGUUUCUGUGUGCAUUUGAGAAAAUUCAGACAGUUUUAUUUUUGAAACAUUUAAUAAUGAUACAUAAGGAACAUAAGAAGUUACUGCUUUUCCAUAAAAUUAUGGGUUUCUUUCUAGCUUAGCUAUUCAUUACUGUGGUUAAAAUUGGAAAGUGUACAGUGGGUUAACUUGGGUGAGGGGGAGGUGGGAUUUAUUCAUUAAAGCUAUCUUGAAAUUGGAAAAGUUUGAAGAGCUAUGAUUGUUAUAAAUAGAUUGGGAUUAUAUUGACUGCAAUAACAAUCUCUAAAUGUAAGAAAUAUUCGGGAGAAAUUUUGCUUCAAAACUUUCCAUUUUAUCAAGGCUAACUUUAAAAAGUUUUGUGAAUUGCACUGUUGACGUGAACAUAAUACACAUUUCUCAUUGCUAGUUUAUUUUUAACUUAAUUAAAAUAUUUUAAAAGAGAAAUUACAGAGAUGUACACAGAUAUAUACAUUAUGCUAAUUAUGAAUUUUGCGAAUAGAUGCAUGUUUAAAAUGCUACUUCUGCACUGAUUAACUGAAUGUAAUUCUAGUGACAUACCUACUUUUAAGAAUAAAGUAGGUAAAAUUCUAUAUUAUGGGCUGGUUUUGCCCAUGGAAACAAGAAAAUUUAGAUUUUAAAUUACUACUCACCCCUUCUAGCUUUGAUCUCAAACACUUUCAAUGCUUUUGGUCAGACUGGACAAUUUAAGAAUAAAGUGAGGAAGUCAUAGGCAACAUUUCUUGAAUUUUCCUCUGAACACAUUUAAAAUAGCUAGUUUAUGACUUACAUUUAAUUUUGGAGGGUGGAGGGAAGAGAGAAGAACUGUUGAUCUAAUAUUUUAUUUUGUAUGUUGGGCUUCAGCACCAAGUAAACCUGUAUACAACCAAGUUACAAACACCUUUAAAAAUAGUUGGCUGUAAUUUAGAAAUGUUGACUGAUUCUGAACCAUAGUGAUACUAACACCAUGGUAUAAUAUACUGUAAAACUUAUAUGGUCAGUAAAAUUAUUAUUUUUGUAGGUAAACUGAGUGGGAACUCUGUACCUCUGCCAUGUACCAAUCUGUUUCUUGGUCUGUAUGCUAUAGAGCAGAAACUACUAGCAUUGCUUCACCAGAUCUUUUUUUGUCAAUUCAAGUAAUGUGCAUUAUUUCUAAUCUGUUUUCAUUCAUUUAAUAGGUUUUUACUGAUCAAAAAUGGAUAAUUUUGAGAAUCUUUAAAACAAGGACUCAUUCUAGUACUGCAUGUUGUAAUAUAAAAUGAAAAGACUGAGUCUAGCAUAGCAACUACUGAAUUUAGAAAAAUGUAAUUCAUUUGUCUGUGAACAGCAUAAAAUAAAAGUAUAACAAAAUUG